AUGGCUUCCGCCACGACUGAGACCAUCGUCAUCGUGGUCGUCACGGAACCAGAAGAUCGGCUGGUACCUUUGAUGGCAAAUGUGAGUUUUCUAGCUAAAUACAACAUUAUAUAACUGAAUAGGUGGUUAAGAAAACUGAGAACCUCAUAAAAACAACAAAAAAAAACUGAAAUGACGAAAAAAAAAACAAAAAAAAAAUUUUUCCUUCAAAGUGCGAUGGAGCAGCUUUGCUGCAUAACUAGCCUUUUCAAAUUACUCGAUCGAUUUUCAAUAAAAUUUUCAUCUUUUUCUUGUAAAGUACAUAGUUUUGUUCAAUUUUCAGAUACAGCAUCAUAAUGAGAAUGGAAAAAGUGAGAAAAAGAUUAUUUUCAGUGGCUGACGUACACAAUAAUCAUAGCGGUGGUCGGUUUCUUCGUUUGCUUCCUUUUGGAACGAAUCUGGAGCAUGGUCACUCGGAGUGGCGGCGGAAAAGAUGUCGUCAGAGAAGGGAGCUACGCGGAAUUAUGCUUCACGCCGGUUUCGACAAGAAUCGACGCCGUCUGA